UGGGCAUGAAGAGCAGUGUACGCAGGGGUAGAAAGAAGAGGCUUUACGAGCUGGUAAAAGGUACCACAGAUUGCAGAGUGCACUGUAGCCCCAGUUGCAAUGGAGGACAGUGACCAUGAGGCUCACUCUUCGUCAGACGAGCAGGACUCCUGCCCUGCCUCCCCUAAUCACAGCAGGGAGCAUAAUGAUGAACAGCACUCAAGCCAUUCAGACGACUCAGAGGUGGAGAACAUUAUGCAAGACCCUCACCACCAAGGAGGGCACAGCCACCACCACCACCACCAUGACCAUGACCACAAGCACCACCCCCACCCCCACGACACUGAGCCUCAUGAAGCAGACAGGGGAGCUGAGGGCGAAGACCGCCCCCACACCCCAUCAUUUUUGCGUCCUCCCGUGGCGGGCAGGGCGCAGUCGGAUUCAGGUUCAGAGCCCAGUUUACCGCAGAGCAGAAGUGUGGAGUUUGACUUGCCGUGCCCUGUCAGUCCCACCAGGCCCAGGAGUCCCUGGGGUCGGUUUGACCCAUACAGCAAUAAUGAGGACCAGGACAAGGAAUACGUGGGUUUUGCGACACUGCCAAACCAGGUGCACCGCAAGUCAGUGAAGAAGGGAUUUGACUUCACGCUCAUGGUAGCAGGCGAGUCUGGCCUGGGAAAGUCCACCCUGGUCAACAGCCUCUUUCUCACAGAUCUUUACAAAGAUAGGAAGCUGCUCAAUGCUGAAGAGCGAAUCACACAAACAGUAGAAAUCACCAAACACACAGUGGAUAUAGAAGAGAAAGGUGUCAAACUGAAGCUCACCAUCGUGGACACCCCUGGGUUUGGGGAUGCUGUAAACAACACUGAAUGCUGGAAGUCAGUGGCUGACUACAUCGACCAGCAGUUUGAGCAGUACUUCAGGGACGAGAGUGGCCUCAACCGCAAGAACAUCCAGGACAACCGUGUACACUGCUGCCUCUAUUUCAUCUCACCCUUUGGCCAUGGCCUCCGGCCUUUGGACGUGGAAUUUAUGAAAGCUCUUCACGAGAAGGUUAACAUCGUCCCCAUCUUGGCCAAAGCAGACACACUCACCCCCAGUGAGGUCAAGAAAAAGAAAAUCAAGAUCCGAGAGGAGAUUGAGCAGUACGGUAUCAAAAUAUACCAGUUCCCCGACUGUGACUCAGAUGAAGAUGAGGACUUUAAGCAGCAGGACCUUCAGCUGAAGGAAAGCAUUCCCUUUGCAGUGAUCGGCAGCAACACGGUGGUGGAGGCCAAAGGGAAGAGGGUGCGAGGCCGUCUGUACCCCUGGGGCAUCGUAGAGGUGGAGAACUCUGCACACUGUGACUUCGUGAAGCUGAGGAACAUGCUCGUUCGCACACAUAUGCAAGACCUGAAGGACGUGACCCGGGAGACUCACUACGAGAACUACAGAGCCCACUGCAUCCAGAGCAUGACCCGCAUGGUUGUGAAGGAACGCAACCGCAAUAAACUAACCAGGGAGAGCGGCACAGACUUCCCCAUCCCCGCUGUGCCCGGAGUGUCAGACGCCGAGACAGAAAAGCUCAUCCGAGAGAAAGACGAAGAGUUGCGGCGGAUGCAGGAGAUGCUGCAGAGGAUCCAGGAUCAAAUGCACACUCAGAAAGACGGCUAUUAACACAGGACAGCACCGUGUACAUGCAUCUCUGUAACGGGGAUAAACAAAAUUCAAAUAAAGAAAAAACACCUAGGAAACCUUUACUCCUCCUCUAGAACAUUGGCAUCCUGACGUGUCCACCCAACCACCGCUCAACCUCAUCAACAGCACGUUACACUUGGAUCAGGGACCUGCGCGGAGGUGGUAAGAUGUUCUGACAUUUGCAGCUUCCCUUUAUCCUCUCUGACAUUAUGGCACCACUGCUGCGACACACUCGACCCUCCACUUUACUGUCUUCUGUUCUGUCGUAACUUUAAUUAAAAAAAGAUGUGUUUGAAUGAGCUGUCAUGGUAAGAAGGGUGGAAUCGCAGCGAUCUGAUUUCUCCAAAUAUCUGAACUUUAUGUAGCCACAUGAUCACAGGGUUGUUUUAUUUUUUACAUGAGGUCUGAUAAGAGGUUUACAUGUGGUGACCUGCUCAGAUUUUUUUAAGCACACUUUUCUGGUGCAAGUGUUUAUUUUUAUUAUCUCUAUAGGUCAACAUGCAUACUGUAAUAAUUUAAUUUUCUAUAAUUCACUCAUAAACCUUUGUUCUACUGUUUAUCAUAUUGUAUGUGUUCCUGGUUUUAAUUUAAACGACACUGCUUGACUUCAUGUACGGAUGAUUGUUUUAUAUAGAUUUCCUGUCAGCUGAGGUUACUGCAGGUUCAUUUGGUUUAAUCUUAAAGGGGAACUUCACUCAUUUUUAAAAUCAUACAUAUCAUUUCUGUGGUCUAAGACAGUCCAAAAUGGUAAAUAUGAACAACUGUGAUGCAAUUUGUGAUGUCAUCAAGUGUAAAGUCUGGAGCUGCUCUAUAGACAAUGAAUUGGGAGCCACGGCGUCCAGAUU